UCUCCGUUAAAAAUGAGAUUAUGAUAUUGAUCGAAUGCUCUCGGCACGUAUUUUACAUUCUUAUAUCACGGGGUUGUUGAAUGCUUUAUUCUGAUUGCUUAAGAAAUGUUCCACGGGUGUUGAUUAUUUGUAAAACACACACCUAAACUGUCAAAUGUCUUAAAAUAAACACCAGAGCAAUGUCUGUGUUAACCAUGGUAAAAGCGGAAUAAUUGACAUCCGGUUCUUUGAAUUAUUUUUAACGGCAUUACCACCUUGGGUGUGCAUUAUUUUAGAAUAAUUCAACAGCCUGUCAUCAAAUAAUUUCUUACAUCAAAACCUUCCCCUUCCAAUCCAAAUAUCAACAUUGGCUUUCAGAGAUCAUGCACCCCGCCUUUAAAUACUGAUUAAAUUACAUUUAGAAAUACUGCUUUGUUGGCAGAAUCCUCUAAACGCCAUGCCGAUUUUUCAGCAAAUUGCACAAAAGAUCAAUUGGAUGGACUACAGGGUGCAAAAUGACAAUGGAUCACAUUCAGACCCGAGUUACAUGCAUCACAGCGCCCCCUAUUGUGUGGUUCAGUUUCUUAAUUCUUUUUACAUUCUGACUUUUAUCAUUUGCAAUAUUUCUAGUUGCAUCUUUAGUGAUUUUGCAACUGUUUAUUAUGUCUUGUGUCUUGUCUAAGUGUAGGUUUUUGCCAAAAAAGCUUGCAUGCACUUAAGAGGAUUUUGCAGCGAAAGAGUCAAAUUUGUUAAAGGCAAUACAACCCAAAUUUGUUGUAUUGGCGUGUUGUUUUGAUUUUUGAAAAAAAAACACUUUGGAAAAGAUAGUCGGGCCGAGUACCAAAACACACUUGUAGCCAAUCAGCAGUAAAGGGGUGAGUCUACUUAUCGACAUUGUUGCCUGGUUGUGUAUGUGUGGGCGGGUCUAUCAAAAGAAGGUCCAGAUUUUAUUAGGGUAGGGGUGUGUUUGUUUAGGUGAUCAUGCACCCCGCCUUUAAAUAAGGCAUUUUAAUUACUAAUAACAUUUUCAUUUCGAUUAAAGUUAAAUUACUAAAGGUGCAGUGUGUAAAUUUUAGUGCAUCUAGUGGUCAGGUUGCAAAUUGCAAACAACGUUUCAGUCCACUGUUCAUCGAAAUGCAUAGAGAAGCAUGCAUUUCAUCAUUGCAUCGUUGCAGACAACUUAAUAAAAAUGUUUGCCCGUUAAGAGCUUCUGUAGAAACAUGGCGGCACAAAAUGGCGACUUCCAAUAAGGGGACCCUCAGUGUAUGUAGAUAAAAAGUCUAAUUCUAAGGUAAUAAAAACAUAACAUUUAAUUAUUAAAGGUUUUUAUACACCACUGCUAAUAUAGUUAUGUAUUUUAUAUUGCAUUUCUGUCAAGAGAUCCUGAUAAAAGUUACACACUGCACCUUUAACAUAAGAGCCUGAUAAAAUGUUUAUUUAGAAGAAAACAUGUUAGAUGUACUUCGAGGGUUUUGCAUCUGAACUUCAUAAAAUAUUUACACAUAUUUAAUGUAAAGAUCUGAUCAGAAACCACACAAUGGUGUUGGGGUUAUUGUGAGUUUUCCAGCAUGUUGGUGGUUAUUUAUUGGGCAUCUUGUGAAGGGCGUCCCAGCAUCACUCAACUGGAACACUGCACUGCAUGUUCAUCUGUAUCCUUGACAAACCACUAUAGACACAUUUGUAACCUGGUAACUGGUAGUUUAAGCACAGCGGGUGGCUCUUUCGUUCAGGUAUUCGGGGGACAUUAGACAUUGAAGACAUUGAUAUUUUUCAAUAUGCAUGGUGAGUCUCAAUGCUAUUUGAUUUUUUUAUUGAUUUUACAAUUUCUUAUAUAUGAUGAUAAAUGGAUGCUCUUUUUCUUCCUGCCUAUAGCUCUUCUUAUUUUGAUGGUUUUCCGAUGCAUAAAUGUGGCAUGGUUUCAAUCCUGCAUACAUACAGACACGGACUAUGUUUGCAAGGAGAUACCAACAGGUUAUCCUGCUGGCCUGACCUCUUUGAUCCUCUUUACGAGUGAUUUAGGAGAAAUCGACUUAUCUAUUUUUAACAGUACAAAUCUGACCUCUGUCAUCAGUUUGAAAAUUACACAAGCCAAGGUCACCGCAGUGGCUCCACGAACUUUUGAUAAAUUCCACAACCUAAAAACUCUCCUGUUGGAUGACAACCAUAUUUCUGAUGUGUCUUUAGAAUGGUUCAGCCACCCUGAUUCCCUUGAAACCCUCAGAUUGUCGAAUAAUAAAAUAACUAUGCUGGAUCAUAGUUCACUUUUUGGGAUGACAAACAUGCUCACUUUAAACUUGUCUCGGAAUCAAAUUCACACUAUAACCCCGAAUAGUUUUAUCAGUACGAGUAAACUAAGACAACUGGAUCUGUCCAACAACAACCUGACAAAUCUGAGCGUUGAUGUGCUGCGUCCUCUUAAUGCCACAAAGAUCCGUCUGGAUGGAAACCCAUGGGACUGCUCAUGCUCUGUACACGACUUUGCCGAAUUCUUACGAGGUCUUCAGAACGUCUCUCUGUUGGAGAAUGAGAUGCUGGUGUGCUGCAGCAGCCCUCCCAAAUUAAAAGGCAAACCAGUAUGGCAGGUGCAAGAAUGUAAGACCCUAACAACAGUGAGUCAAACAAACGAACGCCCCACCACUAUCACCACGAGCCCCGCCAUUGGAGGAUCUGCCAGUAUAACCAAACCAUUUACUAUCCGACCUUCAACUUUAAUCAGUUUAAUUGUGGUACUCUGCGCCCUGGUACUCGUCAUCUGUGUCCUUUCAGUCUUGUAUCAUAGGAAACGAGAGCGGAAACAUCUACAGACUGUAAAACCUUCCCCGGAGAAAACCAAAAGCGUGAAUACCGGAAAAAAGGCUGAGAAGAAUAGCAAAAGAGUCAAAUCGGAAAUUCCUGAACAGGCACAAAUACCCACAACAGGGAUGUUACUGAGGACUCACCGAGCGGUAGUGGGGGAUGAGAUUACGUCACAGAUUUACCACAUUUACUCAUCAGGGAUUUAUCAUAAUAGAGAACCCAUUAAACGUGUGAGCUCAGCUGGUCCAAUCCUCUGCAGGACGGAGUUAUUUACCAAACAGAUGGAGGUUGCCGAGGAAUUCGAUGCAUUGAAGAGCGAUGAGUAUUAUGAUGGAUGCAUUGCAUCAGAACAGCAGAAGGAAAAUGUGACAGUGAACCAUAAUGUAUGUGAGGAGGCGGAGCACCAGGAGAAGGAUGGACGAAUGGGGAAAGAAGGCGAAGAGAAUACAAGCUUAAAAGAUGUUGUCGGUUACUCCACGGACACGCACAGGUCAUGUGAUGGAUGGCUCCGAGAAAACAGUUUGGAGACUGAUGGGGCUAAAGCUGGAACAAGCAUGGAUAAAGAAGCUCCACACAGUUUUGUGAAGAAUGAGGUGAUGACUCGCGAGGAACACCAAAAUAAUGCAACAUCUCAAAAUGCAAAAAGCAGCCAAGCUGUUUCACAGGAAGAGUUUGUGGAGAACGCUGAGAACUUGCCGUAUCUCACCAUCGGUGCUGAUCCAGAAAAGCAGAGCUCUGUGGUUAAACAAAGCACUCCUACAGGUGGCACCAGAUCUGGAGCUUUAAGACCCAUCCGACGCGUUCUGACCUGGCCACCAACUGCGGUCCAAUGGAAGAAGCACUGGAUUCAAAACCAGCAAGUCCUUAAUGUCUUUCCCAAAAUAAUAUUUGUAACCGGUUGCAGGCAGUUUCAACACAGCGUUUGCCCCACAUCCAUCCCAACUGGCACAGAGUUCAAUGCUCUUGAGUUUUUACCAGAAAACUCACUCCCACAAGAAGAUGUCAGAGUUACUAUAGAUGGAGACACUUACUGGAGAAACGUUGGGUCAUUCAAUGCCCAAGAGUCCUUGUCUGGUAAUAUUUCACCACAGAUCGAUGCAAGGAUCGUAUCAAAGAAAGAAGCUUUUGAGUCAAGCAUCCUAUCCGACAUCUUUUCCAAGAACUCACCAGGGGAUGAAAGUGAGGUCUCCUCUGAACUCUUCACCGUCCUCCGUGCAUCACCUAGUGGCGGCAACUCGAACCCUGCUACCAGAGAGAAGAGAAACCACGCAGAUGACAUAGAGAAAAUGCAAAGCGAUAAGAAAAAGAGACGGCGAGUUGAGAAAAGCGACUCGAGGAAGCAGUCCAGGCGAGCGGAGGACCCGGCGAGAGCUCAGGUGUGUGAUAACCCGAGAGUUCAUCCUGCUGGAGGUUCUCCAAAAGAUGACAGUCUGCUUUUGGGGAACGAAUACACGUACAUAGAUCUGCUUCACGAGGUGGUGCAAAAUCAUGGGCGCUGGACACGAGACAGGUGGAGACAGACACAAAUAAACAAACAUAAACUUAAACAACAAGGACAGAGUCGGUAAACUGUGGUUGUUUUUUGCUUCUUCGAAAUAAUCAAGAUAAUUCAAGAUAAAAUAUGAAAUGAUGUAAAAUAUGUGAAGUUGACAUAUGUAGAAGAUCUGUCUACUGUCAGAGAUGUUGAAUAUAACAAGUUUGAGCGUUUCUGGCAGUUUCCCAAUCUGAAGGCUGCGGAGGUCGCAUAUGCAGACUGCAUACGUCAUCAAGUCUGGUUUAUUUAAUUUAACUAAGAAUUAGAUUUAUAGUUAAAAGAUAACAAUUUACGUUUAAGUAAGAAGAAUAGGCUGCAGCCUUCAGAUUGAGGAAUGGCCUCUGUCACUAUGCUGCGUCCAAAAGGUUAUGCAGCUGCCUCGUGAAUGACUUUGGCGGCAUGAAGGCAGCUCUGGGAAACUCAUUUAGGCUCUGUUUGAAAUAUAAACUACAACACUAAGAAAUUACUAGAAAUGCAAUCAAAAGGUGUAAAAACACUAAAUUUAUGAUCCAGCAGCUUUUGGUCGCCAUUUUAUCUUUUUGAACUUGACCAGGCUCGACACAUUGCAUUUCCAGCGCACGCCCAUGCGUAGAAUUGUAGGACAAGAUUAUGAAGGUAUCUCAGGAGACAGGAAGUAAAUCAAACAUUGGAUUCAGACAUGCCUCCAAAGGCAGCCUUUUAGAGCGCUCGGCGCAGCCUAUUAAAGGCGGAGUCCACGAUGUUUGAAAAACGCUUUGGAAAAGGAGACGGGCCGACUACCAAAACACACUUAUAGCAAAUCAAAUCAAAUGCCGGGUUGCGUAUGUGUGGGGCGGGUCUAUCAACAGAAGGUCCAGAUUCUAUUGGGGUAGGGGCGUGUUUGUUUAGGUGAUUUCAAAUAUCAACAUUGGCUUUCAAACAUCAUGGACUCCGCCUUUAAUAGAGUGCCGCAGAGAUGACAUAUUUUUGAAGGCUAACACAGAAGUUAGCUGGAUACUGGAUCUUUUGCAAAAAGCCCAUUCAUUUUUCACAAGCUCUGUGUUAAACAAAAGUUUAUGACACUUACAUGUAGGGAUGAGCACGAGUAAUCGAUUGCUCGAGUACUCGAACGUGGCAUCGAUGAUCGAUCACGAAAACGCAGCGACUAGCAGAGCCACGCAAUCUCAUUGAUUUCAUUUGAAGCUUGGCAUCUUCGGGCGACAGUGAGAGUUGGCGACCGGAUGGGGCGUGUACAGUCGCGCGAAAAAGUUGAAAAAAGUUUAACUUUAUGCAAAUGAGUGACUUUCUGGAGCGACUACCAACGAGAGCAAAGCAGUGUAAUUCACGUCAUCCAUUUCUCGUCAGUUAGCCUACUGGAGUGGACGUUACUCGGACGUUAUGGGAACCAGAUUUAGAAACGCCCCCUAACAACCUUGAUGAAAGUGACAAGCGACACACAGCGACAAAGUAGCUUGUAAUGUGAAUGCGGCUUUAGUCCACCCCGCCAAUCCAUGCAACUCUGUGAAGCCGAACACCUCACAUAACUGAGGCACUAUGGUUUAAAAGAAUGCAGUAAUUUGGGAUUCACUUCGGUAGGACGUUCACUUCGGUGCCCCAAACCCUCCCACAUUUAUUGUAAGCAAAUCAAUAUAGUUUUUUAUGUUUUUGACCUCAUGUGAUUGGAUCGUUCUCAGAGUCUCAUAACCACGCUGGAGUAUAAAUUAAGGAUUAAGAGGUUUGGACCAGAUCGACCAAGGGAGUCGUCUUGAUUGUAGUAGCUCGUCUUGUAAGUUCAUGAAUCAUGAUUAGAAAUGAAUAUGUGAACAAAAACAAUUAUUGCCAUUAUUAUCCACCAUUUCAUGUUUUAAUUGACUGUGCCAGAAUUUUUACAACGCUGUUCAUCCAAACAAUGACUGAGAUUAAAAAAGUCUAGGUGUGUGUGUGAAUGAUUACCUUGAUUAGUUCAUUACUGAAAAUAAUCCCAAUUUAUACUCUGAUUCACAGAUUCAUUUACUUCAUGCUUUUGAGGACUUUUACAGUAACAUUUUCAGAAUUUUAGCUAAGCAGUAAUAAACAUCGUCAUUUGAUAAUAAGGGCUAUUCACAGUCCUGCAUUACUAUAGUAAAACUUUAAUUUUGAGUUUGUUUGCCUAUGAAGUCUAUCCGAAUGUGUUUCUCGGAGCUGCCUUCAUGCCUCGGAUGCAGCCAGAGUGCCUUGACGACCUGUGCGCAUGCGCAGUCACUGUAAAAAAAUUCAGUAGAAAUUACAAUGUUAUUGCAGCUGGGUUGCCGGUAAUUUACCGUAGAUUAACAUUUAUGUUAUUUACUGGCAAGAGUUUGUUCAAAGUUAAAUACAUUUUAACCUAUUUGUGCCCAAAUUUUUCUGAAUGGUUUCAUGCAUAUAAUUGUGUUAAUAGUGUCCUCUGUAAACAUGUUCUGCAUUUAUUUUCCCCAUUUUUAUUUUUAUUUUUUUGAAAAUCGUAUUUGAAUGUACGGCAACUAUAGUUGCCGGUGGGCAAAAAGAUUGUAUGCACCCCUUUAAUGUCAAAUUUUAAUACAUUUGGCAUCUUACUCAAAAUAACGGCUUUCAACAGAUCAACCUUUAUUCAUAAACACAUUUAUUAUGUAUAACAGUCAAAGAACAUUCGAUGCGAACCCCCCCCCCCCAAAUAAAAAUGCAUCUAGCUUAUAAUCUCUUGUUCAAUUCAAUUCAUUUUUAUUCAUAUAACGCUUUUCACAAUUGUUAAUUGUUGCAAAGCAGAUUUACAUGAGUAGAUGUAAAGGAGAACACAGAAAAUCAAUAGAUAAUAUAAGAAGUAGAAUAUAGCAGCUAAGGAUAAACCGUACAAGCGAGCGUAUAAAUAAUGUAACCUAUACAGUAAAGUGCUAAGUUAAGCCAAAGUUUCUGAUUCUCUCGGGGACGAAAACCCCCAGGAGAAAACCCUGUGGGAAAAACUCCUAGAAGGACAAAAACCCUUGGGAGAAAUUAAUAUAUAUAUUUUUAUAUAUAUAUAAACAGGGUAGGGAUAGGAGGCGGGUAAGCGGAUUAAGCUGGUUCAGCCGGUGGUUGCGCAUCGGCUGGGCAUCACGUUGAAGGACAGCCAGUAGAUCAGUGGUGUGAUGACCUUCACAGCAACAGGAACUGGUUCUGUUUGUCUCAUUGUCCUCGGGGUCGAGGACGAGACAGGGAGAGAGAAACAGAAUUCUAUUAGCGUAGGGGCCGGCCGCAUGAAACGCAAGUGUCAUGCAGUAUUGUAGUUUAAAAACGCUCGGUUCCAGACAGGCUACCUAUUGCUGCAAUAGUAUAUUACCCAUAUGAGGUAUGUGAGUGCUUUGUUCUAGACAAAAUAACUAUUGCGGGACAAGUACAAUUACUGGACAUUUUACAUUUUACGAACGCGUGCUAAGUGAUAUAAACUGUGACAUGUUCAGGUUUUUUAUUAUUAUUUUUAUUUAUUUAUUUUCUCUGUUGCAUUCAGUGCUUCCUCCAGAAACAACGGACCAUAUGUCAGCUCCAAAUCAGUUCAUAUCACUUAGUUCAUAUCACUUAGCACAUCGUUCGUGGCUCAACUUGUCGAGUCGGUUUUUCAAGAUGUCUGCUAUCUGAAUACGUGUACUGUGCUGUCUUUAUAAAGUAGCUUCUUAUUAAACUGUUUGUACACUUACAAAGUUCUCAAUGCUUCGGUUUGCAUGUAAGGACCCUCAUUAUGCUACUGUGGUAGUGUGAGGCUAUUUUGAGCCUUGUUAGUGGUAGCGAUUUACUUGUACUUACUCUUUGCCCCAUAUACUAGCGCUAUACGCUAAUCUGUUUUUAUUGAUAAAAAAACUCUUUACAUUCGAUUAUCAUGAAAACGCAUCCCAGAGAACGAUCUACUCGGUCACCAUGUGUUAAUUACCCCUAGGUUCAUUUUUCACCGGAGUUGUCCUUUAAUGAAAAUAAUAUGAAAAUAAAUCAAUAAAAUGGGCAACCAGUCUUUGGAAGAAGAGGAGAUCUCUGUCUCCCUCUUUAAAUGACCUGUAUGAAUGGAUUUUAUUCCCUAUAUCAAAUUAAGGUCUAAUGGACAGUAGAUAUGUUAGUUAAAGGGUUUUAGGCACUAAAAAGACCAAUAACCUUGAUUAUUAACCUAUUGACACAGUAUACACCAUUUCCCCAUGAUAUAUGUACUUACAAGGCAUUUGCCCACCGGCAACUAUAGUUGCCGCUUGGACUUUUGACUAAGUAUAUAAAAAACUAUAGAUCUCUUGUAAGAUUUGUUUUGUUUGGAUGACUCUAGAGACCUUCAUGAUUAUGUAGAUACAUAAAUGUCAACAAAAAAUACUUGUUAGUAAAAUGAAAAUUACCUUUCUUUGGGAGGGUUUGCCUUCGCCAUGUUUCUUGGAAGAAGAGGUAAGAAGUUGACAGCCUCAUGUGACAGGAAGGAGAUAAAUACCUUUCUUUUUUAAAUCCUUUAUUGGAUUGUUAGCUUGCAUGUCAUUGAGAAAUAAAACAUGGAUAACAUCUAAAAAAUUCUUAAAAAAAGGAAAAUUACAACUAUGCACUGUGGCAACUAUACCUGUAGUUGCCGGUGGGCUGAAAUGGGUUAAAUAUUAACAAGUCUUUAUCUUUACAGAAUAAAACUAUACAAUAACAGCCUCAUGCAAAGCAUUCUGCACUGUAAAAAAAUUCUGUAGAAAUUGCAGCUGGGUUGCCGGUAAUUUACUGUAGAUAUAAAUUUAUGUUUUUUACUGGCAACAUUUUGUUCAAAGUUAAAUAAACAUUAAACAUUUACAAGUCUUUGUCUUUACAGAAUAAAACUAAAAAAACAGCAUCAAGCAAAACAUUCUGGGAAACAAAAUCUGAAGCAAAAAACAGAAAAAGGUUGAUGAUGAUUUCUGGUUCCCAGAAUGCUUUGGAUGAGGCUGUUAUUGUAUAGUUUUAUUCUGUAAAGAUAAAGACUUGUUAAUAUUUAAAAUUUAUUUAACUUUAAACAAACUCUUGCCAGUAAAUAACAUAAAUGUUAGUCUACGGUAAAUUACCGGCAACCCAGCUGCAAUACCAUUGUAAUUUCUACAGAAUUUUUUUACAGUGUGGGAACCAGAAAUCAUCAUCAACCUUUUUCUGUUUUUUGCUUCAGAUUUUGUUUCCCAGAAUGUUUUGCUUGAUGCUAUUUUUUUUGUUUUACUCUGUAAAGACAAAGACUUGUAAAUGUUUAAUGUUCAUUUAACUUUGAACAAAAUGUUGCCAGUAAAAAACAUAAAUUUAAAUCUACGGUAAAUUACCGGCAACCAAGCUGCAAUUUCUACGGAAUUUUUGUACAGUGUAGCUGAAACUAAAAUUGUGUUUUAUUAACAGACUAAGAAACACAAGCUAUGGUACAGUUGAUGUCAGGUUUAAUUGUUGUUUGGAAAUAUGUUGUUUAACUGUGAUUUACCGAUGUGAUUUUAGAGAAAGCCUAUCUGUCUUUUCCCAUUUAAAUAGGACUUAAAUUUUGCAUGACUAAAAGGGACAUGAUGUUGACGCUGACCUUUAAAAUGAAACCAACAAACAAUCAUUCA